GUCCACAACAAAAUCGCUUAAUCGCUUUGCGCCACCGUCCGCAACGCAACGGAACGCAACGCAAGCAACGGGCCGCCCGCCGCCAUCACGGUGCCCCCGUGUUUCGCUACGCUACUUCGUGCCGCGACGUUUUCACGAUCAAACGGUGAGUGACAGCUGCCGAACGGCGGCGCAGAUCGCGGUUUAUGUAACGACUGACAAUUGACAGUGUGUCAACGCGCUUCUACGUGCUUGUAAACAUCGAACUUGCGGACACGAACCUUUCGGUGCCUUGGCAACUCUUACGGCGCGUAGUGGACACAUAGUGUUUUGAUUUGUGGGUCAGGUCAUGGUAAGGUACGCGAAAUAACGACGAUUAUCAACAGUAUCCUUGACUGUCAUCGAGGAAUACGCCUUUCCUUUCCCUAUUCCUUUCUCGCGGAGGCAUGGCCGGGCAGCAUUACUGCCUGCGCUGGAACAACUACCAGUCGAAUAUGACGUCCGUCUUUCAUCAGCUCCUACAGACAGAGGCCUUCGUAGACGUGACCCUAGCCUGUAACGAAGCAUCGUUAAAAGCGCACAAGGUCGUCUUGUCAGCAUGCAGUUCCUAUUUUCAAAAGUUAUUGCUCUCCAAUCCCUGCAAACAUCCGACGAUCAUCAUGCCGCAGGACGUGUGCUUCAAUGAUCUCAAGUUCAUCAUCGAAUUUGUCUACAGAGGAGAGAUCGACGUGUCCCAGGCAGAGCUUCAGUCCCUGCUCAAGACAGCCGACCAGCUGAAGAUCAAGGGGCUCUGCGAAGUGCCAGAGAGCAAGGACGGUCCACCAUCGGUCAGUCUGAGCUCACCAGGUAUAGAGCCAGGCACACCGCGGCUCAACUACACCAAACUGAAGAGGCACCAUCCCAGGUACAAGAGACCCAGGUUCGAGCCCCGAACCGACUCCAGGCACUACGAGCAGUAUAAAGAGGAAGAGGCCACCGAGGCCUUCGGUCGUGACGAUAAGGAGAAUCACAGAGGCUGGCAGACCGAGGAUGAGGAGUGCGCGGAGGCCGCAGUAGUCCUGGAGUCCUGCCAACGUGACAACAACAACGGUAACAGUACAAAUAACAAUAACGGUGACAUGUUUUGUCACACAGGGUUAGGUCACUACGGUCAUCAUCCGGACCCGGGAGAGGUCGAUCUGCCCCCUGAGACUCAGCCCACACCCCCCAGCGCUACUUUAGUUGGCACCACGAUCACCCACCUGAGAGAUCCCGAUCAUCACUCGACAGAUAUCCAGAAUUGCGACAGUGUCAAGAUCAAGUUCGAGACUUUGCACACGAUGGAUUCCUCGGAUACGAUCGAUAUCGAUAGCCACAUGUCGGACAGGGCGAGUGUGAGUUCGAAGAACGCUGUGGAUAACGAUAAUAUGAUGAUGAUCACGCCAGAAUUAUUGGGCCUCAUGCCGUCGGGAAGUUCGGUACAUUCGGAUUCCGGUGAGACUAAUGCGAGGGGGCACUCGGGUCAGUCUGGCUCGCAUCAUCAUGGUUCCAAGUCUUGGACGCAGGAGGACAUGGACGCGGCAUUGGAGGCCCUUAGGAAUCACGAUAUGAGUCUUACAAAAGCAUCAGCAACAUUCGGUAUACCAUCUACGACCUUGUGGCAGCGUGCUCAUCGUCUUGGGAUUGAUACUCCAAAAAAGGAUGGGCCUACCAAAUCUUGGAGCGACGAGAGUCUGAACAACGCGCUGGAGGCACUCAGGACCGGUACCAUCUCGGCUAACAAGGCUUCAAAGGCCUUUGGCAUUCCCUCGAGCACCCUGUACAAAAUUGCUAGGAGAGAGGGGAUCAGAUUAGCUGCUCCCUUCAACGCGAGCCCCACUACUUGGUCUCCUGCCGACCUGGACAGAGCCCUCGAGGCAAUAAGGUCCGGUCAGACGUCGGUGCAAAGAGCUUCGACCGAAUUUGGAAUUCCUACAGGAACUCUCUACGGGAGAUGCAAGAGGGAAGGCAUCGAGCUCAGCAGAAGCAAUCCGACGCCUUGGAGCGAAGACGCCAUGACGGAGGCUCUGGAAGCUGUUCGACUGGGUCACAUGAGCAUCAACCAAGCAGCCAUUCACUAUAAUUUACCAUAUUCGUCCCUUUAUGGACGAUUCAAGAGAGGGAAGUACGAGGAACCUGUUGUCAGUGAAAUGUCUCAAGAUGGCGGCAGCCCUCACUAUCAUCAGAGUCCUAAUCAGAAUCACUCCACUUCUCUUCCCGAUCAAAUGCCCUAUCAGGGCAGCUGAAACUUACCCCUGUAUUAGAGCACUAGAUUAGCUUUUAACUAAACAAAAUUCCGACGACCAGUUUUUAAGUCGCGUGGCUCGGUUAUCCACGUCAGUCGUUUGGCGAUUGAUCUAGCGGCGGUGACGACAACUGCGCCGAAUAAUUAAUUUGACAGUUCUAUUUUACCAGGAUAUUCGAGAGAGACUGGCUCCCGUAGUUUUCUAUUUCCUGCGUGUAGAAGGAAACACGACGCGGUUGGAUGACAAUUUCAUUGAACCCUAUACAGUAUUAAACUGAUGGCGAAUCGCCGUAAACAGAGAUAUUAUACGAAACGCAAUGUUUUUCGCGUCGUCGGACAAUUUUGGAGGUAUGUAGGAUAAGUCUAUGUGUAAAGGAAUUAUUUAUAAAAAAAAAAAUAAAAGAUGAAAAAAGGAAAAAUGUUGUACAGUCGGGGACGAUUUUCUCGUGAAAAUUCGUAUUUUAAAGUGAAGCUG